AUGCCUCGCGAUCCCCUCAUCGGCCUCAAAGACCCUGGCCAAAGCUCUUGGAACUUGGCGCUGAUCGGAAAUGAAAUAGGCAAUUUCCCGUUCACCACAAUUGAUCCCCAGCGAGCAAUCGGCUAUCUUCAGAUCGAGUGUGCUUGUGCCCGGUAUAACGUAUCAGACAGAUGCAAACCCAAUUAUGGAGCUUGCGUUGAGGGCCGUCGUUCUGUACCUAUUGAGCUUCUUGACGUCGCUGGUCUCGUCCCCGGUGCUCACGAGGGCCGGGGCUUGGGGAACAAGUUUCUCGAUGACUUACGACAUGCUGAUGCUCUAAUUCAUGUUGUCGAUGCUUCGGGUACUGUCGAUGCUGAAGGAAAGGAGACAAGAGGGUAUGAUCCUUCCGUGGACAUUGCUUGGCUACGAAGCGAAAUCGUUGCUUGGGUUCUCGGCAAUCUCAUGCAACGAUGGGGAUCUAUUCGACGAAGGCACCAGGCUAUUAAGGCAACUGCUACAGAAACACUGCAAGCACAGUUUUCCGGUUACGGUGCAACAUCGACUAUUGUGAACCGUGCUCUUGAUCGCUGCGGUAUCAAGGAGCCCCUGGAGGAUUGGUCCAAUGAGACCGUAGAGCUGGUCGUCAAUGCCUUCAUUGAUGAGAAGUUUCCUACGGUCAUCGCACUCAACAAAAUCGAUCACCCAGACGCUGAUAAAAACAUCUCCAAAAUCGCCAAGCAGCAAGACCCUAAUACCAUCGUGUUAUGUUCAGCCAUCUCAGAAAUUUUCUUGCGAAAGAUGGCUAAACAGGGCUACAUCAAGUAUGUCGAAGGCAGCGAAUUUAUUGACACCAAGGAGGAUCUUAUAGAGCAAGGCGACCCGACUGGUGGUGGCCUCAAAGAUCUCGAUGAGAAAAAUCGUAAUCGAAUCGAGAAUCUCAAGGACAUGGUACUUUACCGCUUUGGAUCUACCGGUGUCGUUCAAGUCCUUUCGAAGGCCGCUGAGCUCCUUGGUCUCGUGCCCGUUUUCCCCGUCCGGAAUACUUCCACCUUCAGUUCUGGUGCAUCAGACUCCAAGUUUGUUUUCCGCGAUUGUGUUCUUGUCAAGAAAGGCAGCACGGUUGGUGAUGUGGCGCGCAAAGUGAUGGGAGAUGCACCUAUCGCCUUUGUCGAGGGGGCUGGAAAUAUUCGAGUAUCUGAAGACGAUUUUGUCGCUGUGGGCAAGAAUGAUGUUUUGUCAUUCAAGGUUGGCAGAGCUUGA